CGUUAGUUUGCGUUCGCCUCCUUUCAGCAUUGCUCGGUGCUCUAUCAUAUCAUAGUUCCCUUUGUGAGAUUUUUCAAGCUGCAGGGAUGACCGAUGUCCAACACUCGCCAGAAGCUGACAACCAAAGCCACCGGGAAAAGAGCCACAAUGUAAUCAUUUAACAGACACUAAAGAGGGAAAUCGAGCUAUAACGAUCGACAGAACGUUCUAGAAUGGUCAUGUGAUGUCCGGAGACCAGUUAUGUCGCACUUUUAAAAAAAUACUCUGACGUACGUGUCUGUUUCUUGCUGGAGUUCGUUUGCCGUCGUAAAAAAUAAACAGGUUUAAUUGUAAAACAUCGUUGCGGAGUUGUGUAUGGUAUGAAAUAGAAGGCGGCUUUGAUGCGAUACGUUUUAAAGGAAUAUUUUCACGGCGUUAAAGCAGCGAGGGGGAAGAAGGGAGCACGUGAGGGGUCUUGUCCAAUGGGAUUGGGCGCUUUCAGCAGAAGGGUAUAAAUACCAGACGGUUGCCGUGAGAGACGUCCGCCAUUGAUGACUAACCUUUCAAAGAAACAGUGUAAUUUCAAACGUAUUCAUGUAUAUGAUGUUAAUUUGUUCUGUUGGCGUUGAAAACUAAGGUCAAAAAUCUUUUAAGUCGUUUUCAAAGAGGGUUUUUCGGGCGCAAAGCAUCAACGAGAUCCUUCGGUUGGUGAAGUUUUCCAGCAGAGCUCAUCCUGCACUGCAUCGUCUGUCUCAGUUCGGCAGUUUAAACUUUCUUUGUUGUUCCCGAGACGGAAAGGUAAAAUUUUGGAUCCAGGUUGAGCUAGCUUCAUUUAGCUGGCGGAAUGGUUAGGGGAGGGACUGUUAACUGAGCUCAAUGUCGGCAUCUGACGGGGCGGGGUAAUGUGUGGCUAGCUGUGCUAAAGCUAAAGCUAGCCAGGCGCCAUUUUGUGGCUCGAGGCUUGCUAAGCACGAUUAUUCGUAAGAUUUAUGUAAACCGUUCUGUAUUGGUCUGUAUCGUGUUUUAUGCUUGUGUAAGUUAACGGAUGUCCCCAAAACUGGUUAUUUAAGCAGGGGCGACACUACUGUGGCGUUAAUGUCGAGCCGGAAGUUAGUAUUGCGUCAUCCAUAGAUCGGCGGGUUUAUGUAACUCGUGGCCCUGGAUUGUGUAAAGGAACAAAUAUAUAUAUUGAAUAGAAACGCAAAGUACGGCGUAUAUAUCGCACACCGUAUGUAUAUGGAGCGUUUUUUAAAGCUUUGUUGACCCACAAAGCUGUUUGUUCUGAGUAGAUGAACGUCGUCCCCACGUGCAGUCUGUAAUUUGAGAAAUUGGCACGUGUUCGUCCAAAACAAACCAGAAUAAAUUGUCACUACGUUUGUAACGUAUUUGAACGCCUUGCGAACUUUGUUAGACGUGUAGGUAUAAAAAAAAUAAACGUGACUCUUCGUCUUUGAAGUGGACUUUAUCGAUGAUGGACAAUAUUCCUUCCUCCCCUCCAAAAACAAAAAGAUUCCCUUCCCAAACAAUCAUAAGCAAACCAGUGUGGAACUGUUUUAUAUAGCUUCCAAAAGAAUAAAAAAAAUAACAACAUUUUUUUAACUUUUUUUUUUUCGAAUUGUUUUUCUUGUGUAAAUAAAUUUUGUAAGUUCAUAGCUUCUUGUACAGUGAUUUCAUUUUCUUUUACAUUAAAUAAAGUACAUAUAAUGAUCAAUAUAAUUUGUAAAUGUUUUUGAGUACGAGGAAAAACUUUAUACCGAGCAGGACGAUGACCUUUUAGUUUGGGGUAAGUGUGGUGAUGAAGGAUAACCUCUGUAGCUGAGCUAAAUAAAGCUUGAGAGCCAACGUACAGAAAUAAUGCGAUCUAAGGAUGUUUUCACGGUCCAAAUUUUAGUAUUUUAAGCUUUAAUUGAUCCAACGCGUAAAUUGCUUCUGGAAACAGUUGGAGUUACGCAAAAUAAAUCAGACGUUUAACGUUUUUCCUUGAACCAGCAGAACGUUAAUGUCGGUUUCUGCUUCGUUCAUUUUAGAUUCGUCUCGAAAAAUGUCACACUGACGGUUUUCAUCUAAAUGUUUUUAAUGUGCUGGACAAGUUGUAGUUUUUGUUUAGUGAGAUAAGAAAGGUCAGCACAUUUGAACUUUAUAUUGCAUUUCACAUACGUUACAUUUCUUCAUUUGUAGGUUAUUUUGGGUGAGGUAAUUAACAUGCUGUGUUUUGUCUGGAACGGGAGCUGAAAGCGUUGUAGUGUUCACUUAUUAGACGGCAGAGGGCAGUGCAUACUACACGAAACCUUCACUAGCCCUGUGGUGUACAGUGCGGUAUGGUAUUAGGAAUCUUAAAAGCUGGCACAGACAGUGGAUGUGUAAUGCUCACUGAGCUGCCUAGUCGUAGUUGCAAAAGCCCUUUCCAUACUGGUCACCACUUCCUGGAGCGUCUCAGACCAUGUCUGAUGUGAAACCCCCACCGAACUUCACCAUGAAUGGGAACCCCCCUUCCCCUGAGUUCAAGAACCCCAAAAGGCCCGGGCGCCUCACCAAUCAGUUGCAGUAUCUAGAGAAAGUGGUGAUUAAGUCCCUAUGGAGACAUCAAUUCUCCUGGCCUUUCAGACAGCCUGUGGAUGCGGUCCGGCUCAAUUUGCCUGAUUAUUAUUCAAUCAUCAAGAACCCUAUGGAUUUGAGCACGAUUAAAAAGCGUCUUGAAAACAAUUACUACUGGAAGGCAAUGGAGUGUAUAGAAGACUUCAACACCAUGUUCACAAAUUGUUACGUGUACAAUCGGUCGGGAGAUGACAUUGUUCUGAUGGCUCAAGCUCUUGAGAAGCUUUUUUUGGAGAAGGUGGCGAAGAUUCCUCAAGAUGAGUUUGAAAUCUCUGCUCUGACAACUAAAGCUCCUGUGAAAGGAGGAAGGAAGUCAACAGCAGUGUUAAAGAGGCCACAGUCUCCUGUGUCUGAAGUGGUCUUUCAACAAACCGUGACUGUCAUCCCUCCGGAUGCUCUCCACUCCAUUCCCUCUGCUCCCCUGUCUGCACAACUCACAGCCAAAUUGAAAAAUGGUGUGAAAAGAAAAGCAGACACUACGACCCCUUCUGCCUCUUCCAUCACCAGCUGUGAGUCGUCCCCUUGUGUAACAGAACCAAAAGUCCUUAAGUUAUUCUCCAGGCGAGGCAGCGGCCGACCCAUCAAACCUCCCUGCAAAGACCUUCCUGAAUCACCACCACAGCAUCAGGUGGGCAGAAGGACCAAACUCUCAGAGAGACUCAAAUACUGCAAUGCCAUCCUGAAAGAGAUGUUUGCCAAAAAGCAUUCUGCUUACGCUUGGCCCUUUUAUAAACCUGUGGAUGCUAAGGCACUGGGCCUCCUUGAUUAUCAUGAAAUCAUUCACCAACCUAUGGAUAUGAGUACCAUCAAAAAAAAGAUGGAAGGCCGCGAGUACACCGAUGCAUUGCAAUUCGCUGCAGAUGUGCGAUUAAUGUUCUCAAACUGCUACAAAUAUAAUCCACCCGGCCAUGAGGUAGUUGCCAUGGCAAGAAAACUUCAGGAUGUUUUUGAGUUUCGCUUCACAAAGAUUCCUGAUGAGCCGAGGAAUUCAGCACCAUCAUCUAGUCAGAACAGAGUAAGGAAGGAGAGGGCGCACAGUCCGUCCAGCUCUGAGAGCAGUGACAGCGAAUCAUCGUCGCCCUCAGAAAACUCCUCUGACACGGAAGAUGAAGAGGAGAGAGCGCAGAGGCUUGCCAGCCUGGAGGAACAGCUGAAAGCAGUGCGAGAGCAGCUGCAGUUGCUGACCCAAACUCCUCUCUUGAAACCAAAGAAAAAGGAAAAGUCCAAGAAGAAGAGGAAGAAAGAAAGAGAGUCCAGUAAGCGAAAAGGUGACGAAAUGAAGAAACCAGCAAAAAUACAGAAGAGGUCUAACAGCAAGUCAUCAGGGCGGAAAGAGAGUAGAGCUUAUGACUCAGAAGAAGAGAUGAAUACAUUACCCAUGUCUUACGAGGAGAAACGGCAGCUGAGUUUGGACAUUAACAAGCUUCCCGGAGACAAGCUUGGCAAAGUUGUGAACAUCAUCAAGGCGCGAGAACCCUUGCUUAGGGACACGGACCCUGAAGAGAUCGAGAUCGACUUUGAGACUCUCAAACCUUCAACUCUUCGAGCUCUUGAGUGUUAUGUUGUCGCUUGCCUCCGAAAGAAACCGAAAGAAUCUGACAAAAAGAAGCUCCAAAAGAAGUCUAAAAUCAAGGAAGCGGACAAAGAGCUGCAACACACAAACGGAGAAUCGAAUGUUAAAAAUGCCAAAAUUGAAGCUGAAGGGGAGAGUAAAGAGCUGAGCCGUCCGUCUCGUCUGAGUGACAGCAGCAGCAGCUCGGCCAGCUCUGACAGCAGUAGUAGUGACUCUAGCUCCUCUGAUAGCUGUGACUCUGAUUCAGAACAGAAAGCUAAGAGGAAGCAAAGCAAAGCCCCUGGCAAUGGCCACAAAAUUAAAAACAAGGCAUCGCGGCAGGCCCUUGCUGAGGUAAAGGACUGUUCUUCUUCCUCAGUCGUGACGUGCCAGUCUCGUCCAGCGUCGUUAGUCUCGGAGGCAGACUCCAAAGACCUGUUUGCGUCACAACAAGCAAAGCAUCCUGCCGAGGACGUCAUCAUGGCGAUCCCAGCGUUACACAGCCGGCUGCCUCCUCAGCCGUCCAGACCUAGUGGAAAAGCUGCCCCACUACCUCGUAAAACCUGGCCUGCCCCUUUACCGCUCAACCUACCUCCAGACCAGGACAUCGACCCUUUAUGUAACACUUCCGCCACCUCCCCCUGUAAAGAUGACACAACCACGCCACUCAAAUCCUCCCACGUGUCCGUCCCCCCGCACACACCAACCUCACUCCUUUCAGACCCGUCAUUCCCCCACAGUCCCUCACUCGACCCACAGGUCUCUCAGGUCGGCCCCCCGUCGCCUGCUGCUGCAGCGGAGCCUCCACUUAAAUCUGAGCAGGAAGGUGUUCCUCCUCUUCUGUCACCUCUGACCUCACCUCCCGCGGCCGUGCCUGUCACAGGAUGCCAGCCUACCUCCAGCUCUCAGUUUGAGCAGUGUAAAUUGUUGUCACCUCUGCAUGAGAGUCCAUUAACCAACAUGAGGGAUGAGCAGAGCUGCUCAGAGACACUGGAAGAGCCCUCCAUUCAGCUGCACAAAAUGCACGGAGCCAAGUAUGACGGCAGUGAACUAUGCAAGCCCAUUCAUGAUGCCAAAUCCAACCUACCUAAAAAGGAUAUUGUCCUAAAGCAUGCAGACUCCUGGACAAGCUUGGGGAAGAUGGCAACUCAGACUCCUUGCCCAAUCAAAUCAUCCAAGGAAAGUUUCCAGCAGUUUCGCAAAGUUGCCAUGGAGAAAGAGGAACGAGAGAGGGCUCGUAAGCUGCAGAUGGAGGCCGGUCGAGAGAAGAGCAGCGCAGACAAAAGCGGUCUGACGCAGCAGCUUCAAAAAACCAAGCCGGACUGCCCGCCUUCAAAGCCAGAAGUGGAGUCGGCAGAGCUGCCUCUGAUGGCAGCCAUCUUGGAUACCCCCAAACCUCCUGAGCCAUCGUCUCUCCCACAGAGCGCUGUUGACCGAGAACGAGAGAUGGCCCGCAAGAGAGAGCAGGAGCGCCGCAGGAGAGAGGCUAUGUCCGGAGUCAUUGAUAUGACCAUGCAGAGUGACAUAAUGGCAACCUUUGAGAAGAACUUGGACUGAGAUCAACAAACAAACAAAGAAAAGAAAAAUAGCUUGUGUGUAUUGCGCUACUGUUCGGUGAACAGUGUAGGCCGUUUUUCUCCCUUCCCUUAUACUUGCUCCAUGAGUCCUGGUGACUGAAACGGGUCUUUAGUCUUUCAACGGGCAAAAAUACUGCAAUACAGCUGCAUCACUUUACAUUUGUACUAAGUUAGCUGUUGUAAAAAAAGAAAAAAAAAAAAGUCGUGGACAGCAUAUGAUGUUGUAAGACCAAUAUUUGCACCAAUAAUAGUGUUGAGUGUAUAUCAAGUUUUUGUUGUUUUGAUACGUUUGAUGCUUGGAUUGAGAAAUGCCUGCUGCACUGAAAUGCUGCCGAUUGUCUGUGGCAGUUCAGAAAGAGAUGUACAUGUAUGUCGUUUCACAAGGUUUUGUGUUCCUUAACGUUUUGGUUUUUUUUUAAUACUGAAGAAUGUUUACUUCUAUUGAUUAUUAUUGUAAUCGAGUUUUUUGACACAUUCCAUCGACUCUUCUGCUGUAUGAAUAUUGCAUAGCUGGUCGUCUUGCGCUAGCUGUUGUCAGAACCGUAAGGGAUAUUCCUGUGCAGGGCCCAAACCCUGUUUAUCUUACUAGCUGGUAUUUCAUGUAUUUGACGUAAAGCAGCAAUUUAAACAGAACAUAGGCUGGCUGCAUUACACUCGUCCUGUUUAAUUUAUAUAUCUCUAUAUAUUAAAAAAAUAUUUCUGUAGUGUCAGAAAUGUAACCUAAGCAUGCGUGUAUAAAUAUUUAGCAUUUUGAUACAGGACAGCCUUUUUUUUUUUUUUUUUUUUUCUCCCAAAUGUCUGUCUAGGAGUUCUCGCACUUCCUGUAUUUCUAUUUGUAUCCAUUUGGAAGUGCAGUGCCAUAAAGUUUCUCUCUUGGAGAUGAUAGGCAGUUCUCUGUGCCUAAAGUCUGUGGGAUCUCCAGAGCCGUGUUGAUUCCUAGGUGUGAUCUGGUGAUUGUACUGCACUGAAGAUUUGUUCAAAAACGUUUCUGACUGUAAUGGUUUUGUGUGGCAGUUUUCAUCACAAGCACUUUAUUCAUUACACCACCAUGCUGAGGUGUCACAUGCUAUUGAGGGGAAGAAUAAUAUAUUAUUUCAAAGAAAUCACAUUCUAAAAGGUUAAACCAAUAAAAAAAAAAUAUUUUCAGUA